AAGUAAUGUCAGACUUUAACCUUGUGAUGUGAUGACUUUUAGAUUGCUGUUUAUCAGAAUAGAUAUGAAACGAGUAGAUUGCGUGAUUCUACAACGAUAGUAACAUUUGGUGGUUCAUCUAUCAAUUGCUCUGGCAACUAUUCUAAUUGGUUCUAGUAGUUUGAAAGUAUAUAACAUCAUAAUGGAAGAGAAAAGAGAAAUACCAUCAACACUAAGGAAAUUUUUAGCAGUUGAUGCUUAUUUGACUAAUGCUUUUGUUAACUGGGCAGAGCAAAUUUCGCUUUUGAAACGAUUGAAGGCCUAUCACAAAUUGUUGGAUAUAUCAUGUCAUAACUUAAUAUGGCUAAUAACUAAUCUCAUGUUUAUUUGGGUUUUGAACAAUUCAAACUUAUAUCAGAUGCAAGUUAAUCUUUUAAUAGGUUUGACACUUGACAUUAUUUCAGUCGUUUUCCUAAAAGCAAUAACAAGAAGGAGACGACCGACAACCGGCAACAAUUUUGCUCCUGAAAAAGAUUCCUUUCCAUCUGGCCAUGCAACACGUGCAGCAUUCAUUACAUAUUUUUUUAUUAAUCUGUGGCCUAUACCUUUAAUAUGCAUACUAUUCUUGUUAGCUUGGUCCUUUUCAGUAUGCCUGUCCAAACUCUUAAUGAGAAAACAUCAUAUAGCUGACAUUUUAGUAGGAAUAGCUCUUGGUACAGUGCAAGGUAUUCUACUAGGAUACAUAUAUUUGGAUCAGGAUACUUGUGCGAGAUUAGUUUGGUGGAUUACAGAUGAAAAAAUAUCUGGAGCUGAGUAUGAUGUUUAAGUAUAUCAUUUUUGUGCAAAAAAA